GUUUUGUACAUCAUUGGUCUCACCUGCUUACCUACAUAUAUAAUUUUUAACUAAUUUUUAAUAAUUAUUAUUGUGUAUAGCGGUCAGUUUCAUACAAGAUUAUUAUAUUUUCAAUAACAAUACAAAAUAAAGUCUAUGCCUUUAUGUACAAGUUUAUUGAAGGUGUAUUAUUAAAAGUCAAACAAAAAAUAUCAUUUGUUGAAAAGUUUCAAGCAAUGUAUUUUAUAUAAAAAAAUAAUAAAUAGUAAUCAUUUCAAGUUCUUCUUGUGAAUAGAAUAAACAAAAACAUAAUUUUUUAAAAAGUUAAUCACGAAACUGUAAAAAUGCCAACUCUAAAAAAGAUAGCUAAAUCGGUGAAACGAUCGAGAGUUUUAGUAAAAAAAAGAACAUUAAAACCUCGUAUUAUAAAAAAAAGAAUACGAAAUCCAAUUUAUGAAAAGCUCAAAAAUAAUAAUAUUGCAUUAGCUCGUGCAUUGAGUAAAGAAAAACAAGAAUGCCAAUAUCUUUAUUCACAAAAUAUAAAACUAACUGGACAAGUUCAAGACAUGCAGGGUUCAUUAAAAAAACGUGAAGAUAUAAUAUCUGGUAUAUUAAAAAAUUCAUCAGAAGCAUUAAAGUUAUUGGUUCAAGCAACAAAUUGUGUUACUACAACAAUAUUAUCUUGUCAGCAAGUAGUAGGAAAUCAACAAAUGGCUGUUACAAAUCAAUUAAAAUCAACAACAAAUUCAACAAUGUCAAGACGUGAAUCAGUAAGAAAGUCAUCUGGUAAAUCACCAGCUCGUGGUGUUGUUCAACCAAUGGUUUCUGGUCAUACAAUAACUAAACCAGUAAUCAAUAUUUGUCGUAUUAAUAUGCCACGUCUUAUAGCAUCACCAAAUGUAAGUGACAUUGAAGAAUCAACUGAAGUACCAUCACCAAGUAACAGUGAAUCUCACACACCUAUCAGACUUGUUAACAAACAACGAAGAUCUCUUAAUAGGCAUAUUAAUAGUAUUAUUAUGCCACAAAGAAUUCGUCGUAGUACAUCAUCAAGAGUCAGUGAUGAAGAUGAACAAAUAUCACCACCACCACCACAACCAGAACCAUCAUUAACACCCCCAUCACCACCUUAUCAACGAAAGGUUUCAAGUCGAAGAAUGACAGAUAGAAAAAGAAAAUCAUCAAAUACUAACAAUCAACAAUCAUUAACUGAAACUCAAGAUACAAGUAAUAAUUCAAAUUUUGAUUUAACUAAAAGUCCAAGAGUAUCACUACAAGAUGUUUCAGUAUUAAUGCAAAAUUCACAAACAGUAAAUGUUAAAAGUCUUUUAGAAAAUGUUUGUACAAGUGCUAAUGAUAUUAAUGAAGCUAUUAAUAAUAUUCAAACAGUAACAGAAACAAAUAUUUCAUCAACACCACAAUCUUCACCAGAUAAAAGUGAUGAAAAAGAAUCAUCUGAAGAUUCACCAACUUAUGGCUUUGAUACUAGACUUAAAAAAAAGAAAAAAAAACAUCAACAAUCAGAAGAAGAGGAUCCACUGGAAGGACCCAGUUGGCUUCAUAAUAAUUCACUUUCAUCUGAACAAAAUAAUAGCUCAUUAGAUGUAACUAGCUCUAUUAUUGAAUCACGAAAAUUAAAAAGAAGUCUUCCAAAAAUUAUAUCUGAUGAAUUAAUAUCACCAAAAAAAUUAAAUACGAAGCUCAUUGGUAAUGAAAAAAAUGAUAGUAUUAAUGACAGUUAUUGUGAUGAUAAUGAAAAUUAUAAUGAUCAAAAUGGUAUUUAUAAUGAUGAUGUUGAUAAUGAUGAUAUUACUCAAAAUAUACCAACAUUACCAAUGAGUAGAUUUGCAAUGGUUACACAACAACGUAGUCAUGCAAAUUAUGAUGAUGAUGAUUUUACAAUGAUUAUUAAUCGUCCAUUACCAUCAACACAAAAUGAAUCAUUUAAUGUUGAUGAGUUAGAAUUACCAGAACGUCCAUUUGCUGAUCCACAAGCUGUUGUUGAUAUUGAGCCAGAAAUAACAAAAACAAUAAGAUUAAUUGGAAAUAAUAAUUUACGAUUAUCAACAAUGAGAACAACAAAUAUUUUUAAUAAUUCAAUGAAUCCUGAUGAUAUUUCGAUGAUUGUUGCACCAGUUCCAGAACCUAUUGUUGAUGAUAGUUCUGAUGAUGAUUGCAGUACUAUUAUAACAUUUAAUAGUUCACAUAAUCGAGGUGUAAAUAAAUGCAUAAUUGAAUCAUCCAGUGAAUCUGAAGAUUCAUUACCACCAUCACCACCAAAAAAAACAAUUAAACGUAAAAUUAUUAAACGCAAAGAUCCAAGUACAGUUAAAGUUGUUUUAGAAAAAUUAUCUCAUGUAAAUACAUCAGAUAGAUCAUUGACAAAUAUAAAUACAUCAAGAAGAUCAUUGACAAAUAUAAAUACAUCAAAAAGAUCAUCAUCACCUGAUCCAAGAAAAUCAUCAUAUAAUUUUACAAGUAAUAUGUCAUCAAUGCGAGUACUAGAUCAAGAAAGUGAUGAUUCUGAUAGUAGUAAUAUCAGUACAAAUAGCAGAGCAUCAUCUCGACCGAGACGACAAAAAGCACCUCUCAAUUUAAAAGAACCAAACAUUCGAAGAAAACUCAGACGAUAAUAAAUAGCGAUUUGUUGUACAAUUGAUAACUAUUACAACAUCGAUUGUGUGCAUGAUGUAUGACAAAAAAAAUAAAGUCAUGAUGCUACAAAAAAAAAGUAAAAAAUAAAUAUCCGGAAUACCAGUAAGUAAUAUUACAAAUAAAAUAUGCACAAGUGAUUUUUUUCAUUUUUUUUUUUUUUUUUUUAUAUGAAAAAAAAUAAAGAGAACAACCAAAAGAUUUUAAGGGUAUUAAUAAUUCAGUAACCGGUAAACAAAAAAAAAAAGUACUAUUAAUAAAAAUUUACUUGAUCGUUAUAAAAUAAAUAUUCGAUAAUAAUUAAUUGUAUGGUGUUAUUCGUUAAUUCGUUAAUGAAUUUUAAUAACAAAAAUUAUAAUAAUAUUUGUCAUAUUUUUAAAAUUAUAAUAUUUAAAUGCCAUUAUUU